GCGGGCCGGGGCCGCUCGGUGGGGUGAGGCAGCGUGGCGCUGCGGUGACGGCCGCCUUUGCCCGUUCGCUGUCCUUUCUUCCUUCUCACCAUGACGAACUUCAUCUCGGUGCAGCUGAAGAAGGCCUCGGAGGUGGACUUGGCCAAGCCACUGUGCAAGUUCAUUCAGCAGAGCUACCCGGGCGGCGACGCGCAGGCCGAGCACUGCCGCGCCGCCGAGGAGCUCAGCAAGCUUCGCAAGAGCGCGCUCGGCCGCCCGCUCGACAAGCAUGAGAGUGCGCUCGAAACCCUGCUCAGAUAUUACGAUCAGCUGUGUUCAAUUGAGCCCAAGUUUCCAUUCUCUGAAAAUCAGGUCUGUGUGACAUUUACAUGGAAAGAUGCAUUUGAUAAAGGGUCACUUUUUGGAGGAUCGGCCAAACUGGCUCUGGCAAGUUUGGGAUAUGAGAAGACCUGUGUUUUGUUCAACUGUGGAGCACUAGCAAGCCAGAUUGCAGCGGAACAGAAUCUAGAUAACGAUGAAGGCCUAAAAGCUGCAGCUAAGCACUAUCAGUUUGCAAGUGGUGCUUUCCAGCACAUUAAAGAUACGGUUUUGUCAGCCUUGAAUCGAGAACCUACAGUGGACAUCUCUCCUGACACAGUUGGUACCCUCAGUCUGAUUAUGUUGGCUCAAGCUCAAGAAGUCUUCUUUCUGAAAGCUACAAGAGAUAAAAUGAAAGAUGGUAUCAUAGCUAAACUGGCCAAUCAAGCUGCAGAUUACUAUGGCGAUGCUUACAAACAGUGUCAGUAUAAAGAUACUUUGCCCAAGUAUUUUUAUUUCCAGGAGGUGUUUCCUGUUCUGGCUGCAAAGCACUGCAUAAUGCAGGCCAAUGCAGAGUAUCAUCAGUCUAUCCUGGCAAAACAGCAGAAGAAGUUUGGGGAAGAAAUUGGGAGGUUACAGCAUGCAGCAGAUCUGGUGAAAACAGUGGCAUCUCGUUACGAUGAGUAUAUUAAUGUUAAAGAUCUGGUGGACAAGAUCAACCGUGCGCUUACAGCUGCCAAAAAAGACAAUGACUUCAUUUACCAUGACCGGGUUCCUGACCUGAAAGAUUUAGAGUCCAUUGGAAAAGCCAGUCUUGUGAAGUCUACUCCAGUUGUGGUUCCCCUCAGUCAGAAAUUCACUGACCUGUUUGAGAAGAUGGUUCCAUUGCAAGUUCAGCAGUCUGUCAGUGUGUAUAACCAGAGAAAGGCAGAUCUAGUAAACAGGUCAAUAGCCCAGAUGAGAGAAGCCACAAAUCUGGCAAAUGGUGUGUUGGCUUCCCUCAAUCUUCCUGCUGCUAUCGAAGAUGUGUCUGGCGAUACUGUUCCUCAGUCCAUUUUGAACAAGUCGAAGUCUGUCAUCGAACAGGGAGGAGUUCAGACUAUUGAUCAGUUGAUCAAAGAUCUGCCUGAACUGCUACAAAGGAACAAAGAAAUUCUGGACGAAUCACUAAGAUUAUUAGACGAAGAGGAAUCUACAGACAAUGACCUGCGAACAAAAUUCAAGGAGCGCUGGCAGCGGACACCAUCCAGUGACCUCUAUAAGCCUUUAAGGACAGAGGGAGCCAAUUACCACAAUCUAUUGAAUAAAGCUGUGCAGGCCGAUGGGCAGGUGAAGGAGCGCUAUCAGUCCCACCGGGAUACCAUUGCGCUUCUCUGCAAGUCCGAGUCGGAGCUCAACGCAGCCAUUCCUUCUGCCAACCCAGCAAAAACAUUACAAGGAAGUGAGGUUGUUAAUGUUUUAAAAACUUUGCUAGCCAAUCUGGAUGAAGUUAAGAAGGAGCGAGAACAGCUGGAAAAUGACUUGAAAUCUGUAAAUUUUGACAUGACCAGCAAAUUCCUGACUGCACUUGCACAGGAUGGUGCUAUAAACGAGGAGGCGAUCUCUGUGACUGAGUUGGACAGAAUUUAUGGAAGUUACACACAGAAAGUGCAGGAGUCCUUGAAAAAACAGGAAGAACUUCUCAAAGACAUUCAGAAUGCACAUCAGGAUUUCUCAAAGAUGAAACAAUCGAACAACGAAUCAAAUUUAAGAGAAGAAGUUCUGAAGAACUUAGCUGUAGCAAAUGACAACUUUGUGGAACUUCUAUCCAAUUUAAAAGAAGGCACAAAGUUUUACAACGAGCUGACAGAGAUCCUCCUGAAAUUCCAAAACAAAUGCAGUGAUAUUGUCUUUGCUCGCAAGACUGAAAGAGAUGAACUGCUCAAAGAUUUGCAGCAAAGCAUUGCUAGGGAACCCAGUGCUCCCUCUAUUCCUCUGCCUACCUAUCAGACGACCACAGCUGGAGGAAGUAAGCCUGCUGCAUCAUCGACUCCUACUCCAGCACCAAGAACCAUGGUGGGGACUAAACCACAGCCACCAGCACGGCCACCACCACCAGUGAUUUCUGCAGCAAGCAGUCCCUCUUCAGCAUCAGCACCCUCUGGAACACCUGUGGCUCCUGCUGCUGUUCCUGCUCCUGCUUCAGGAGCCAGUGCACCUGCAGCAAGCACUGCACCUUCACAGGCACAGGGACCUCCUUACCCAACUUAUCCAGGUUACCCAGGGUAUUGCCAGAUGCCAAUGCCAAUGGGGUAUAAUCCAUACAUGUACGGUCAAUAUAAUCUGCCAUAUGCCCCCUCACCUGUGUAUCCAAACCCUGGACAAGCACCAUAUCCACCACCUCAGCAACCUGGAUACCCUUUUCCUCAACAGCCUUACUACCCUCAGCAAUAAUGUAUCUGCAAAGAAGCUCUGCUUGUUAAAAUUUGGGAGAAAUUGGCAAUAAGCAUACUAAAACUUCUAGCUUUGGUUAAUGUACCAUACUGAACUGUAUGCAGUCUGUAACUCCUGUUUAUUGUUAACUGCUCCAAAAUGUCUAGAUCAGUUUUUGAUUACACUAAAGACUUCGAAAGAUCUGCUGCAGUGGUUUAGACUGUAGACUAAUGCCAGAAUUAGAGCCUAAGUCAGUGAUCUGAAACUGUACACACUACAUGUUGGCUAGACCAAAAUAUUCUUUGCAAAAAUCCUCUAAGUAACAAAUGGGUUCAGACAAGAAAAACGAAGCAGUGCGUGCACUGGGUGUGAUACAUUCUACAGAGCCUCAUAGCAUCUCCUUCUAUCCUCUAUUGGUUUGUAUUUUUUUUUUUUAGUUUAGUUAAAAUAUGCUAUUUUGUCUAAUAACCAAGGCCUUGUAAAUCAUCAGUAAAAAAAAGAAAUAAAUUACUUCAGAAUGGUUUAAACACUUGGCAUUCUUUUUACCAUAAAUGUGGGUUUUCUGUGUCUAGUUUCUUUCAUGUGCCCCUUGACUUGCAUAACAAAGAUAAGUUAUGAAGUGGUUAGCCUUACAACUGAGUUCAUACUCUUUCUCCUUUAAUUCUCUAUCCUUGUGACAGACUUGAUAAUUAACCAUUUUAAAUGCUGGCAAUGAAGUCUUGCAAGUAAAUUUUUCCUUCGACUCUCAAGUGUGUUUGGCUAAAAUAUGCUCAUGAUUGUUCUAGAAGAAUGGUUCUCAUUUCCAGAACACAACUGGAAAGAAGGGAGAUCAAGAUCCCUCUUUCAGGACCAGUGGCUGAUGGAUCUAACCCAUUUGUUUUCCAAAGAAACGAUCAGAAAUGUGCUGUGGCUCGAAAUAGAGCAACUGUUGAUUGCUGGAACUUUUCAGUUUGUUUUUAAAUGAUUGCUUUUUCCCUAGAAAAAAACUAAUGCAUUCCCUCAGGGAGGUUGUCAGCAGAGAAACCUUUUUUGGUGUGUUGUUUUGUGGGGGGGGAAAUGAUAUCUUGUAUAUUAAAGCAGGUGGAAUGUUUACUUUUGGAUCCAUCUUCUCAUGGGAUUGAUAACCUUGCACUACAUUUUACAAUUGCUAGUGAAGAAUGUAAGUUUAUGCUUAAUAGCUUCUACCAAAUAUUUACCAACCAUCUCUCAGUCUUUUUUUUUUUCUAAACACUCUCCCCCCAGCCUUUUUUUUUCCAGACAUACUUGUCUAGUGAGGGACUCUGCAUUCCUUUAGCCCUUGGCAUGAGUUUCUUCACUCCACAGGACAGUUAAUUUCCUGAGUGCUUCAUCCAAGAUACUCUGGUCUUACAGAAUGGUUACCACAAUGUUAAAUCCAAUGUUAAAUGUUACUGCUUUGAUUUCUAUUUAAGUGCCUGAUUAAAAUAUUGAGGGAUAUUUUCAUGCUAGGGGUUUAGAGGGUGUCAGUUAUUGUAGCAUAUGAGUGGAAACCUCACUGAAUCUUGAAUACUCUUCCUCAUCUGGGAAAUUGCAUACACAUCCUUAUGAGCUCCUUUCUUACUCUCUCAAGUUCUUAUUGCUAUAUGAUCACUCCAGCUACUUUGUGAAGACUACUUGUCCUUAAUACUCUCUGACCCCCACAGAAAACACAAAUCAAAAGAUAGAAAUAAACUUCUUUUGUAGAACACAAGUCUCUAAGCAAAUUUGUUCACCCUGUAGCAGCUCAGUGAUGUGGGGGAACAGGAGGAAGCCAGGCCAUACAGCACUGUAGAUACCACCCUAGACAAGGACAGGGGCUUUGUUUUCUUUAUAAACGUUGUUGAAUGGGAGUGACUCAGGAACAUCUCCAUCGUUUUUUUGACCCUGAUGGAAAUACAUAAGAAGCAAGCGAGGACAAUGAGAAAAAGCUAGGAAGGUAACUGGAAGCAACAAUCAGAACCUGAUUUCACUCUAACUGGAAAAGCAGUAGUUUUCCACUAACUUCACUGUGUCAGUGUGAGGAAGUGCAAGCCUAAUGCAGCCUUUUUAAGUUCUAAAUUUUUAGUAUCCUGUGCCCUGGAGAUUUUUUUUUUUUUAUCAGUUCACACAUUAGAUGCAUUUGAGCUGUUGUGUAAGUGUUAUUUUUCCUAGUGCCUCAACUUAUAAAACUAAAGCUAUGUGAAAAAUUAAUUUGGUUCAGCAUAAAGAUUCCUGGAGUUGAAAUUUUCUCCUUUAACAAUUUCAUAGAUGUGGAAUUGCUGUUAAAACAUCUUUUUUUCCAGUUGUGUUACUGCUUGUUUUAGUCUAUCUUUUAAAAUGUGUAUAGAAACCUAUGCAUUUAUGUUCAGCUUUCACAUGACCUUUUCUUCUCUUUUUUUCCCUAAAGAAACCAGAAAAUCCAGAGAUAUGUAUGUGUCUGCUUUUAAGCCUGCAGCUGUUAUGACUUCAGUUGAAAUGUUACCUUGUUCUAUAGUUUAUUAAAAAAAUCACUUAGAAAACCUGA